AUGUCUGCCUUGCUUAUGCUCCCUGCCUCAGGGCAACAGCGUUUGCUUAAGGAAACUCCACGCAAAACGAAACAUUCGAAACAAGACCUCUACGCUUUGACGAGAACCGGAUCGACAAGAUCGACAAGAUCCAAACAAUCACUUUUCUCCCUGGGAAGCGGAAUCCGUGGUUCGCUGUCGGUGAAGGCCGGUCAAUACGACGCCAAAAAGCUCAAGGCACUCGAUGAGCAGCUAGAGACGGUUUUCGAUAAAAAAGUGUGGGAAUUCGACUACAAGCUCGAUGUUCUCGCCAACAAAGUAUGGAACCACCCGCAGAACGAGGCUAUCAAUCUUUACGAAACCCAAGAUAAACGUUUCGUCAACCCCAAAAGCAUCGCCAUCCUUCGAUACACCUAUUUUGAAAAAUUCGAAGACUCGUACGACUCCAUCAGCCAACAUCUCAAUCUGCUGCCGAAGCCGGCGUACUGGUCCAAGGUGUGGGACUACGAUGCGUACAACCACUGCCAUCUUUUUGGCGCAUCUUGCAAAAAAAAUCUUCUAGUGGUUGACCAAGCACUUGUCAAGAAAAAUAUGAAGGACAGAAGAACUGCGUACCAUGCUCUCAAAGAUGGAGUCAAGGUAGACACGUACGACGACGAGCCCGAUCGUGAGACCAGUAUCCAGAAAUUAUGGCACACCUCGGCAUUCUGGGACAAUGUCUUCUACGACGCCCGUUCUGCAUCACACACAGAAGACUACAACGAAUGGCUACCUCCGGUGGACCUCGUGCAACGCUUCUUCAUUACUCUCACCGACUACGCUCUUUACAACCUCCAUGUGCUAGAUUGCAAAGUGGACGACCAAGCCAAACAGGAUUUGAGCGAUAGCGAAGAAGGCACUCUUUCUAGGCAGUACUUCUACUAUUAUAACGACCUGGAUUACGCCUAUUUCGAAAUGCUUGCUAAGGUAUUCCGAGACACCUUCAUGCUGCUGAUCCGAGCUUAUUUCCCCGAAGAGGAUGUAACGGCCAAAAUAGACCAGGUGAUAAAAGUGCUUGUUGAAACGAUCUGCAGCAAUCUUCAGAUAAACUACUUUGGCGGGGACGGGGUGAACGAUGUUUUGGAUGUGUGGCACGACUUCCUAAUGAUGGCGCUACAACGGCUAGUUAUCGCAAAUGUCCAGGAUCAGCCGGACGAGGCGCCCAGCAAGGAAGAACCGUUAGCGAAGCCUCCUGCAGAAGAGCCGGUUAAGCCAAAGAAGGCUGAUAAGAACGUUUCGAACUCAUUUGUCGUAAUGCUUCCCAACGCACAAAACGACCACCAGUUGAUGUCUGAGCAUGCUUAUUACGACCGCUCGGACGCUUCUGGUAGCAUUGUCCUGCCCCAGUACCAUGGCCCACUUCUCUUGGGAGCCGUCGCUAUCAGCGUCCUAAUUGCCAAGUUUGCCCUUGCCGUGUUCAAAAAGAGAUCGGCAAAGCCAUCACCAAAGACUAUGACCGAUCAAAUGGUCUAA